AUGGCCCGGACAGACGGCCCAGAAGUCCCUGGCCGUGUAGGCGGACCCACUCAAGAUGACUCUGGCUUCACUUCGAUCCUUUCUCAGCCCGCCUGCCUCGACGAGCUGAAAGCCUACCAUCGCUUCCUCUUCCAGCAUUGCGUCGCCCUCGUUCCGACCCUCAUAGCCCUCGUCGUAGCCUUCUGCGUGUCCUUUCAAGCUCGCACCACCUGCAACUUGCAAACCAUCGACCGCAACCACAAGGCCACCCACGCUAGCCUCUCCUGUCAUCAGCUCCUCGACAUCCAGACAAUCGCCCUUUGCUCCUGCCUCGGAGUCACGGCAUGGCUCGCAUCUUACGCGUCGCGAAGGGCCUCGUGGUCCUUCGCAUCGUCCCUGGUGUUUGUCGGUGCCCUCACCCACUCUCCCGACCGUCGCCGCCCCGCCUCGGCCGACCCGCAGCGCUUCAUCGUCGGGAUCGCUGUGCUCCUGCAGUCGCUUCUCACCGAGAGCCUUCGCAUCUUUUCCUUCUACCUCGCAAGUUGCAUUCUCCUGGCGAGACUGCACGAGCAACUCGACGAGGCGUCUCGGGCCUCACCCUCUCUUCAGUCUUCCAGGCACCACCGCGAACCGCCCCCGUGGGCAUGGCAAGCCAGCUUCCAUGACCCUCGCUUCUUCAUUGCAAUUUGGGUCUCUCUGGCCUGGUCUCUGAUCGAGUUCGUCUCCGGAGCUUCCCAGAUCCUUCGCCAGCUAGCGCUGUACAAGCCCUGGCAAGGAUCCGAGGCACCAUUUGCCUUCGAUGCCUCAUCGGCAUGGAGCCGUGUCUCGUUCUUCAGGCCGGGGGCAGCAGCCCGAGACGCUGAGCUUGGUGAAGCGGCGUCCCAGCCGUAUGCCCAGCGCAUCAAGGCGCUUGCCGUCUCACGCUCUUCUACCUGGACCGCCCCUUCGGCUGGGACCAUUACUCCAGGAAAGGCCGCCAUGCGAACUGAUGGCCCCGGCACAUCGCAGGCCGUCGCGGACCAGGCGCAGAGGCGCAAUUACGGGACAAUGAGCGGUCCCCAAGUGGCACGGCCAGAUAACGCAGAGGCGCGGAGCCGAGCACCGACGAGCGGCCCAGGUGGUCAACACAUCUCGGAGGCGGAGCAGGCCUCGACCUCCAGCUUUACCACUUCCUCGACUGCGUCAUCAGAGCUCGACAUGGAGCUCGAGGACCAGGUCCAGCAGCUCCUUCUCGCAAAGGAGCGCGCAGAAGUCGAAGCCGUGCUGGGCGCUCCUCUGCCGUCCAUUUCCGUCGCACUCUGCUCGUUGUGGAGGAUCGAUGCCAUGCUGUGGAGCAUGGGCAGUGGCCUGCUGCUCUCGGCCAUCUUUGCCCAUAGCCAGGGCUCCCUCGGCGACCUGACAAAACGCGGCUUCAGCAUCUCGGUCGGCUUCAACCUCUUUCCGUCUCUUCCCGAGUAUGCCGGCACGUUUGGCUUCCUGGUCCUGCUCCACGCCGCUGUAUCAGUUGUGUGGGCCACCAGCCUCCCGACAAUCGGGUUCGCGUCGGCCACCUACAGCUCGCUCCUGAUCGGCAUCUCUCUCCUACUUGCUGGGCUGGCAAGGUGGGGCUUCCUCGUCUGA